AUGAGCCUCUAUCCGUCCUCGGUCACAAUUCCGGUGUACGUAAUAUUCACCGCAGUUGGGAUCCUUCUUACAGCGCUUCGAUUCUGGACACGAGCGGUAUUGACGAGACAGCAUCUUGGGGCUGAUGACUGGUUCAUCGCUGGUGGUGUUUCCAUCGUGGUUGCUUGUACUGCUAUCCAAUGCCUGAACGCCCUUCAUGGCACUGGAGGUGAAGCUGUGUCCACCGAUGAUGCUGUUGAAAGAGCCGUAACCGCACACAAGAUCAACUUCACCAUGGUUGUGAUUGAGAAGCCGGCCUUCGGUGCUAUUAAGCUUUCGCUACUUUUUUUCUAUCGGAGGAUCUUCACGGUUCGGCGGAGUUUUCGCAUUGCUAAUAACGUCCUAAUCGUGAUUAUUAUUCUGUGGACGGUGGCCUUUGUGCUGUCUGAUCUAUUUAUUUGCGGCACCAAAUUGUCUCUGAGCUUCAAAGCGAACCAGAAGCUCGCCGCGGCUCAUUGCGGAGAUAAGGGGCUCAUGCUCCUCCUCUUCGCAAUCACCAGUUUUCUCACCGACGUCUCAGUCCUGAUUGUUCCACUAUUUCAUAUCAGAGGACUGCAAAUGCCUAAGCAGAAGAAAUGGGCUGCUGGGUUUAUUUUCCUUCUCGGAUUGAUCUCUACCAUCGCUUGCAUCUUGCGAAUGAUUUUCCUCUGUAUAGCAUAUCCAAUGGGUCGAAUGAGUUGGGGAUAUGAGGCAAAACCCAAAGAUAAGACGCCACUUGUUCUCCAAGUAUUCAACCCUACAUUCUGGGUCAUGAUCGAAAUGUGUCUCGGCACUUGGGCCGCCAACCUGCCCCCUCUUGGGCCGCUUCUGCAUUCCAUCGGUAUUCGAGUAUGCCUCAGUAGGGCAUAUCGGAAAUUCUCGUCUGCAUACUCGAGUAGGAAUCAUGACCUGGAAAAACCGACUGCGCCAGAGGCCGCAACCGGAAUACUGAACCGGGAAAAUGAAUGGCCAAACUCAUAUGUACCUGUCUCUACUCACCCAGAACCCACAGGGCCGGAAGAUAUGGUAUAA